AUGGAGGAGAGCAGAGGCAAUCAUCUUCCUGGCCAGAGGUUCUGCCCCAUGGAAGAUGAACUAGUUCUCUUCUACCUCAAGCCCAUGUUGAGCGGACAGAACGUGCCCGGCAGAAACUGCGUGGUGUUCGACUGCGACCUCUACGGUCACCAAGAACCUUGGGAGAUAUGGGAGGCCUUCAAGACCAAAAGACCACACGACUUGAGGCUCAACAAGGACAUUUACUUCUUCACCCAACACAAGAAGAUGAGUUCCACAAACAAGCGCGUACGCCGGAAUGUUGGAAGUGGCACCUGGAAGGGCGACGACUCCUGCAAGCCUGUACGAUCUGUUGAAACUGGUCGUGUUGUUGGCUUGAAGAAAAGAUAUACUUACAAGAACGAUGACUCGGUUCACAACGGCUGUUGGAUCUUGUAUGAGUUCUACCUUGAUCAAUCACUCAGAGACAAGAAACAAAAGCUGAAAGACUAUGUUCUUUGUCUACUACGAAAGAAUGGUGAACCCAAAACCAAGAUCGAAAAGAAGAGAAAGCAACGUGAAGAGGAAGAGGUUCUUGAAAACAAUUAUGCCUUUGAUGAUGGAGAAAAAUCGAAAAGGGAGCAAGAAGAGUUGCUUGAGCCACAAGCGAAGCGGCAAUGA